GAUGGCAGCGAAAUGUCAUUGAUGAUUGUUUCGGUUUGUGUUGACAUCAACGAAGCGCGCUUUCCAUCAUACGUUUUUUCCGUUUAUCCGUUAAAGUGUAAAAACUGUAGGAAAAAGAAUAGUUAAGUUGCCGGUACAAUGACAUCUCAAGAAAUUCGUAAGAAGAGUUCGGUUCGGCGUAACCAAUACAAGGAACUGCUGGAGCUUGGAUCGCAAAUAGAAGCAACAACGGAAAAUGAGACUCCCAUUGAAACACUGAGAAAGAUUGCCGAUGUUGCCAAGCGUUCCGAUGCUCUCAAUGCAGAGGCACGAUUUCAGGAUCGGCUUGAAAAUACUACCGAAGUCGUUAUGGAUGCACAGGUCAUGAAAAUGACCCAUGAACUGCUUGGAUCCAUUGUCCAGACAAUGGAUAAUACGGAGAUCUCGGAUGAUGAAUUUGUUGCCGCGAUUCAUCAAACAAUCGGGCCGAACAUGGAUUGGGACAAACUAGGCGAGAAAUUAGCGGUGGGAAUGUCAAAAACGAUUCCGUAUUCUCAGCCUCUGUUUGGAACAUUUGAUGAAGCAACUGUGAUACCGCCAAAGGAAGUGAAAGAACGACGUAAAAAUACGACAAUCAAAAAUUCUCAACAAAUGAAGCCAAUAGCUGUAGUGCAACAGCAGAAGGAGGAACAAGACGCUGUUAGUGUAAAUAUGAUUGGCAACCAGAUAAUCGAGUUGUAUGAGACGAACGGCAAUGAGCCACUACCAUAUUACAAAUUGAUCAUCAAUCCCGAAAACUUUAUGCGAACCAUUCAGAACGCGUUCCAAGUUUCCUUUCUACUUCGUGACGGACUUAUUGCCAUCGAAGUAGACGAAGACGGUUACCCUACUGUUCGUCCAGUGAAUGCGACGGAUAAAAAGGAUAGUACUGAGGGCCAGAGCUACCAAAUGGUUUCCAAUCUUUCAACGCCAUUGUGUGAUGAAAUGAUUCGUCGUUAUAAUAUCACCGAGCCGAUGAUCACCUGGCCGGAUAGUGAUGAAUGAAAUGGAUCACCGAUAAAAUGGAACAUAAAACUGCGAAGGAACAAUUAUCGAAAUUGAAAAAAGAUUUGAAAUUUCUGUAAGGUAAACCCUAAGCUACGCUUCCAUGUCACUCAAAUAUUUCCUUUACAUUUCGUUCUCGUCUGUGACAAAUCUGUAUUAGCAUAAGAAAUUCUUUCCGUUCUCUGAAAUAGCAUUUAAUUUGUGUAAUUCAACGCUUCAUUCUCUUGUACUUUAUCCAUGAGAUGAUUAUUCAUCGUGGAAACGAAAUUCGUAAUUUUAUAGUAAACAAAUCUUCGCCGUUGGGAUUUAA